UCGUCUUGGCGCGCACUCGCUUAACGACUUCAAUUUGAACCUCCCCGCCUAUCUUUUGUCCAUAACCAUUAACGACCAACGACAACACCGGCUCACGCAUCCUGAACAUCUCGCCCCCGAAGUUCAGACACGCAUAACAGCUAGUCGACAACAUGGCCGCCACCCAGGGAGCUAUUUCCAAGCGCAGGAAGUUCGUUGCUGACGGUGUUUUCUACGCCGAGCUCAACGAGUUCUUCCAGCGCGAACUCGCCGAGGAGGGUUACUCCGGUGUCGAGGUCCGCGUCACGCCCACCGUCACCGACAUCAUCAUCCGGGCAACGCACACACAAGAGGUUCUCGGCGAGCAGGGCCGCCGCAUCCGUGAGCUCACCUCGCUCAUCCAGAAGCGCUUCAAGUUCCCCGAGAACUCGGUGUCCCUGUACGCCGCCAAGGUGCAGAACCGCGGUCUCUCCGCCGUCGCUCAGUGCGAAUCCCUCCGCUACAAGCUCCUCAACGGUUUGGCCGUCCGACGAGCAUGCUACGGUGUGCUGAGGUUCAUCAUGGAGAGCGGCGCCAAGGGUUGCGAGGUCGUUGUUUCCGGUAAACUCAGGGCUGCCCGUGCCAAGUCCAUGAAGUUCACCGACGGCUUCAUGAUCCACUCCGGUCAACCCGCCAAGGACUUCAUCGACGAGGCUACCCGCCACGUUCUCCUCCGCCAGGGUGUCCUCGGUAUCAAGGUCAAGAUCAUGCGCGGUGCUGACCCCGAAGGCAAGGCCGGCCCGGCCAAGACCCUCCCCGACUCCGUCACCAUCAUCGAGCCCAAGGAGGAGCAACCCGUUGUGCAACCCAUGUCCCAGGACUACGGCGCCAAGGCGCUCGCUGCCCAGCAGGCGGCGGACCAGCAGAGGCAAUCGGAGCAGCAGGAGGGCGAGGGUGCGCCGGCGGAGACCUACGCAGAGGAAUAGAGUAGAGCAAAGCAUCAAUUUCCCAGGCAUCAUCUUCAUUCGAUCCAUCGAUUCAUGUGUGGAUGUUGGGGGGGCGAGCGGGGCAGUCAAUAACUUUCCAAACGGGGCGAAAUCAAUUGGUUGCGGGGUUUCUUCUCUCUUCAAUGGCUUUAUUAUAAAUCCAAAAUCACUGACAAAACGGGGGUUUUUCGAUGAAUAAUAUCAAGCCAACAACGAAAUGACCAUGGUUAUCACGAUUUGAAAGAGGGACUCGGUGCUUCCUUAUAUCCAGUUCUCCUUUUCUACUUUUUUUUUACCUUUUGCGAUUUACUUCUUCCUUGAUGGCGUCGACCUUCUCUUUCAACUCUUGAUUUGAUUGACGUACAUUGAGGAGCAUAUGGAGUUUUUCCCAAAACAAAAACAAAAGACAUUAGGGUGAAUUUCUUAUCUAGUACAGCGCCGUAGUGUACUCUUUCUAGUCGGGAAAGAGACCAUAAAAUGCAUCAAAACACGAACUUGACUAAACAUGCACUUCCAGCUCUUCUCUCGCGCUGUCUGCGUUGUGUGAUGUUCAACACAAGAGUAUUUUUACCUGUGGCAAAGUCCCAUUAUACACUUUCUAGUCGGUGUUCUCUCUCUCUCAUACACACAUAAGAUGACAGAUAACACGGCACACGCACCCCUUCUGUCCCCCCCCAACAGGCAUCACCCGAUCAUCAGUCUGUUGGGCCAAAAACUACAUGAACUCAACAUAGUAACA